UUACACUUGGCGCAAUGCAGUCAAGCAAGUACCGUUCUCCUGGCAACCACCAAACCCAGACAUGUCCAUCGGAUUGCCAGACAGAGAGGUGUGAUUCGUCACUCCAGAGAACACGUCUCCACUGCUCUAGAGUCCAGUGGAUGCUGGCUGAGUUGCUGUUUUUCCUAGUUCCUUCCACUUUGUUAUAAUACCACUAACAGUUGACCGUGGAAUAUUUAGUAACAAGAAAAUUUCACGGAUGGACUUAUUGCACAGGUGGCAACCUAUCAUGGUACCACGCUUAAAUUCACUGAGCUCCUAAGAGCGACCCAUUCUUUCACAGAUGUUUGUAGAAGCAGUCUGCAUGCCUAG